GACUGGGCGCGUUUUCCUCUUUGCGGCAGCUCUGGCCAUACUGUCCAGGCACCUUCCGACCACAUUUGCUGGGACGUGUCCAAGGCCCCGACAGCUGAAUGUUCUGGUUGCUGCAGACCAGCGAAAAGGCUCCGUCGGAGGCUCCGGGAGCGCAGAUGCAGAGCCCGAGCAGGCCAUGGUGCUAGAGGAAGAGUUCAAGAGGGGUGAGACCCUGGAACAUGAAUUUCAGCGAGUGCUCGAGGCACGGGCCAAAGGAAGUGACAUCAAGCGCGAGCCAGGCCUGGAAGCCAAGAGCGAUUUUGAGAUCGCGGUGCGGGGUGGUGUCCGCUGGGCUGGAGAACUCUUCUCUGGCAUUGACUUCAGCAACGGAGUUACAUGGGUGUGCCUGCCACGACCAAUGCCCAAGAAUUGCAAGCGUGGCAAGCAUGCGCAUGAAAGCCCUUGA